AUGCUAUUCAAGCCGAUAGUGCUGCAUGUCCCAAAGUCUACACUGACCUCUGACGACGCCGGCAUUAGCAUCACCCAGUACGAGCUACUCCCUCCUCCAUCCUCCAUCACAGCCCCUUACCACCUCCAUGCAAACAAGAACGCGAAUCCAACUCUUUCUUACGUCCCCUCUCUAGCAUUCUUCUGCAUAAACGCCCUUCUAGAGUGGCCCGACCAGGUACACACCUACGGACCACGCAGACCCUACCAGCCUCCCUCCGACAGGUCCGAUUUCGACAUCCUCCAAGCCCUCAUCCCCACCUACCGCCCCUUCUCUCCUCACCACCGCGACUUCGACCUGCGGCUGGUCGAUCCACGCCUCUGGGCCGUGCUCGUGCAGCUCUACGAACCCCUCCCUCCCGCCUUCCGCACAUACACCCUCCCCCUGUCCGACGUCCACCUCCCGCUCCUGCAGCGCAUCCCCAGCACCGCACACUUCUCCCUCCUCACCGUGCUCUCCCUGGCCAGAUGCAGCGAGCUCACGGACGACACCGUCGUCGAGCUGCGCGAGCUCCACACGCUCGCCGCCCUCGACGCGAGCCUGACCGCCCUCGGCUCCUUCGGCCUCCUGCGCCUCGCGAAGACGCUCUCGUGGACCGAGCCCGACUCCGACAACGACGCUGAGCGACCCCCCGAACGGCGGGGCCCGUGGGGCCUGCGCGUGCUCUACCUCAAAGACUGCAUCAACGUCGACGACAAGCUGCUCGACUGCCUCCCCCGGUUCCCGCUCCUUAGCGUCGUCGGUGUGUGUGUGCCAGCAGUGGUCCAACGUACGCCAACCUGA